UAAGCAUGUAGAUGAGCAGAGCUGUCACUUAGGGAGAUGGAGGGAACAAAGGAAGUAUAGGUUUACAGGAGAACAUUAAUAUUUCAAUCUUGAACACAUAAAACUGAAAAGCAAUGAGAUAUCAGGUUAAAUUAUGCUUUGGUGCAAUCAUAAACAACCUCAGAAUUUCAGUGGCUUAACACAACAACUGUUUAUUUCUCACUUGUUACAUAUCUUUCAUGGCUUAGUGGAAGGUAGUGACUGGUGGGUGGUCUCUGUUCCACAUGGUCACUCAGGGACCCAGACUAGUGGAGGUCCACCAUCUAGAAUGUCUGUGGUUGUUGACAAAAAAAAGAGAGAGAGAGAGAGAGACACUGGAGAGGUGGAAUAGGAGCUCUUCGACGCUUCAAUCUAGGAGUGACACAUGGCAUAUUCGCCCACUGGCCAAAAGUAGUCACACUCACUAUGGGAAAUGUGGGGUAGUAGAUGGGAUAUUUGGUGAACACCACUGUUUCUGCCACAAUAUCCAGGUAGGAAUGUCACAUAGGUAUCCACAACAAAUGAAUAUCAUGGAGACUUCCAGUUAGAAGUCAUAAGCAGAUAGGUUGUAUUUAAAGCCACCUUCACUUUCCCAUCUGAAUCCCACUAGCCUAAUAAGAGCAGUGUUGUCACCCUUUGCUGGUUUGAAAGAACAGGAAAUCCAGAGUGGUUGAUACUCUUCAAACCUACCUGUAGUGAAACUAACAGCACACUGAUGUCUUCAUUAGCUCACAAAGAGAUUAUAGUUUAGGAUUGAAGGUAGGUUUUGAAUUUCUCUAAGAGGAAGAGUUUGGUCCCCCAAAAGCCUGCUAGACACAGCCUGAUGCUCAGAGCACAGGAGAGGGGCUCACACAGGUGAGAAGGGACAUUUAAAACUGUUUUUAGACAAAGACACUGAUGAGUAAGUUCACAGAGGAAAAGUUGUUUUCCGUGGUAGGUAAUAAAACUCACGCUAGGGCUACCACUAGGUGUCAAUAGUAGGAAAGGAAAAGAUGAAAGAAAAAAUGGAGAAAGGUUCUAGAGGAAGAUGAAGAUUGGUUCCAAGGAGAGAAAAGGUAGAAGGUGUCCCCACACUCCCUCUAAAGUUCUCCAGGCAUUUCAUAUUAUUACAUGAUUAACCCCAUUAAUACCUUAGGUGGAAAUAAAAGACACUUUGCAUUUCUCUCUCUCCCUCUUGUGUAUUUAUGGAUGCAUAACAACUGAAGUCUUCAGUUUAUUAGAAAUCAGAUUUAAGGUCUUCGUCCACCUCUCUGCACUAUGUCCAGUGGCCUUCUGAAGGCGCUGCGCAGCGACUCCUACGUGGAGCUGAGCCAGUACCGGGACCAGCACUUCCGGGGUGACAAUGAAGAACAGGAAAAAUUACUGAAGAAGAGCUGUACAUUGUAUGUUGGAAAUCUUUCCUUUUACACAACUGAAGAACAAAUCUAUGAACUCUUCAGCAAGAGUGGUGACAUAAAGAAGAUCAUUAUGGGCCUGAAUAAGAUGAAGAAAACAGCAUGUGGGUUCUGCUUUGUGGAAUACUAUUCAAGAGCAGAUGCAGAAAAUGCCAUGAGGUACAUAAACAGAACUCGUCUGGAUGACUGGAUCAUUUGCACAGACUGGGACGCAGGCUUUAAGGAGGGAUGGCAGUAUGGCCGUGGGCGAUCUGGGGGCCAGGUACGAGAUGAGUAUCGGCAGGACUAUGAUGCUGGGAGAGGAGGCUAUGGAAAACUGGCCCAAAACCAGUGAGUGGUGAGAGCCCCAUCAUGAAAACUCACUCCUUUGGCCUGUUGAAUUUGCCAUGCAUUACCCAAGGUCUGCAAACCUGCCCACUUUUAACAUGCUUUGAUCAAGGUCUCUACUGAGUUCGAAGCCAUUUUAUGGUUGUCCUUUGAAAACUAUUAAAGGACAGAAUCCAAAGGAAUGCCUUUAUUCUGUAGUCUUAGAAUCUUGGCCAUACGUCAGGUUGCCAGAAUGAUUUUAUGUCACCAGGUCAGAAUUUGUAUUCUGUGGCAACAGGUUACAUUUAUCAGCCCAAAACACCACACUUUUUUCAGGAAGCUGGAAAAUUUUAAAAAUUGAUAAUAGGUUCGUGGUCUUCAUUGGGGC